AUGGCUUUUAAGAUCCCGCGUUUAGAGUUCCCGCGAAAGAUUGCCGAUGAUAAUUUCCCUUUCUUUUCUAGAAGCCUUUCCCAAGAGCGAAAUGCAAGCUCUCAACUUACUAGCAGCAGCAGCCUUUUUUCACGUGAUGAACUUGAAGAGUCCUCUAGUCAGAGUCUGUCUGAAGAUGUAGGUAUAUUAAAAUAUACUUAA